UUGUACUUGCAGCUUCUGGGGUCGCCUGGGUAUGCAGGACAACAAGCCGAACACCAAGUACCUAACUUGCCCGCAGGAGUUUUACAAAAUGCUUCUUUCUGGUGAAUUCCACAUCCACUCGUGGGAUAUGUUCAGCGAGGAUGUUCUGCAAGUUGCGUACACCAGGGAAAAGUUAUUUAUUGACCAGAACCCUCAUACGAACGUUGUCUUAGCUGCGUUUACGACAUGCUGGGCCCGGCUCCAUUUAUACGGCUAUAUGGAGCAAGUCCAGGAUACACUGCUCUACUUCGAUACCGAUUCUAUCAUUUUCGUGGAGAAGCCGGGAGCAAUCGUUCCUCCAACUGGCAAGUUUUUGGGAGACCUAACGGACGAAUUGCAGCCCGAUCAGUUUAUCACCCAGUUUGUCAGUCUCGGUCCCAAGACGUAUUCCUACAAGACUAAUGAUGGGAAAAGUGUCGCCAAGGUCAAAGGUUUUACGCUGAACGGACAGACGAGCGAGAGCAUUACCGCCGCGUCGCCUAAGCCUUCCACCAGCAACAUUGCCCGCGAGAUUCCAGCCACGCCUCUCAAAACCCGCACCUUUGCCAAGCGACGCGCACCGGAGAUGGACGAUAUCAAGCUGAACCUUGCCAAGAAGUUCAAGGAGCAAGAUGACACCAAGCAUCCGCGGCAUGCCUUUUCUCAUGAAGGAUCCAACGUGUACAAGAUUGGGUUCGAGAAGUACGUCUACGCCCGCUUCCAAGAUGGGGUUUCUGCCAUCGUCAUCGGGGAGGAAAGCAAAGCGACGACACCUACCGCCGCACCUUGGAGAAGUCCAUCACCGUAA